AUGUGGGAUGUGAUUUACAAGAAACCGAACCAUCAGAGCUCCUCUUCAGCACAUGCACGCUUGGGAGACUAUCAUUAUGUGGAUGUUCGAGAUGCGUCUCAUAUCUCAGCGGCUCUAAGAUUUACACAUGCCCACAACAUUCGCAUCAGCGUGAAGUCACGACUUUUUCGGACGAUCUCAGAAUAUCGGGAGCUUGGAGCUGGAGUCAUCGCAACCGACGCACAUCAUUUCGUCAGCUCGAAGGGAAUGGAUAUCACAGGAGGGUACGAGCAAUGGGUCGGACUAGCCGGUGUUUUCGCCCAAGGUGGUGGUGUUGAGUCAUUCACAACCACCUAUGGUAUGAUGGCCGACAAGGCCGUUGAGUUCGAGGUGGUGACAGUAGAUGGAAAAGUCCGCACUAUCAAUCAAUGCAACGAACCCGAGCUCUUAUGGGCCAUGUGUGGCGGAGGAGGCGGUACUGUUGCUGUACUCGCCAAGUAUCGAGUUCAAGUGUACCCUUCUCUGUCCAUCUAUACAUACACCGUCACAGCCAAUUGUACCGGUGACACGAGUGAUGCCACCCAGAACGUGGCUCUGCGCGCGAUCCUGACGGCUCAUGCAGUACCGGCCAACUUGAAUACUUCCCGGAGAAAAUAG